AUGCAUCACCAUAUGGUUCAACAUUCCAAAGAAGGCUUUCAAAGUGAAGGUCUCGUGGCAAGGACUGGAGGGCGGGGUUGUUCAAGCAAGCGUGGGGGCAAGUUAAGCAAUGACAAAAAUUCUAGAUCCGGGGACAAUGAAGGGGAUUCGAGUGUGGGUCUACGGUCAAAAGUUCAUGUCACACCUCAAAAUCGAGACACGUGA